AUGCAAGCUCCAACAUUAGCUAUACCAGGUGACAACCAACCACAACAACUUCAACAACAACAACCACAAUAUACUGGAUAUUUACAAAAGAAACAAGCACCAGAAGGUUCAGCUGAAUGGUAUUUUGAUAAGACAUGUGAUUGGAUGGGAGAACAUCCUAUUAUAACUGGUUUAGGUGUUUUUGGUCUUGUAUAUUUUGCAGCUGGAUUUAAGAAAUCUAAUCAACCAGGUAUAAAUGGUAAAGCAUUUAUUAAAGGAGGAUUUGGACAAAAAAUGACUGCAAAGGAAGCUUUACAAAUAUUGAAUUUAAAAGAAACUAAUUUAUCAAAAUUAAAAUUAAAAGAACAACAUAGAAAAUUAAUGAUGGCUAAUCAUCCUGAUAAAGGUGGUUCAUCCUUUUUAGCUACUAAAGUAAAUGAAGCAAAGGAUUUCUUAGAAAAGAGAGGUGGUUUAAAAGCAAAGUAA